AAAAAUAAUAAAACCCAACAAGAGACAUUAUUAUCUCUUCCCCUUAGUUGUUCGAAAUCAUGACGAAGAUGAUGAACAAUAAUAAAAGCACUACACAUUCUUCUCUACUCAUCCUUUUCAGCUUUCUUCUUCUUAGCCCUUGUGUUUUUGCUCAACUAACUCCUAAUUUCUACAAAGUGAGCUGCCCUAAUGCUGAGAAGAUUGUAAAACAAGUUGUCAAAGAAGAAUUCGCAAAAGACCCUACAAUUACUGCUGGCUUACUUCGUAUGCACUUCCACGACUGCUUUGUCAGAGGCUGUGAUGCAUCCAUCUUAAUCAACUCAACAUCGAACAAGCCCUCAGAAAAAACAGCAGGGCCAAAUCUGACCGUACGAGGGUACGAGCUCAUCGACGAGGCCAAGAGAAGGCUCGAAGCAGCAUGCCCUUCAAAAGUCUCAUGUGCAGACAUCAUAACCCUAGCCACUCGGGACUCAGUCAUCCUCGCCGGCGGACCAAACUACGCCGUUCCGACUGGCAGAAGGGACGGACUUGUCUCGAACCCUGACGAAGUCGACUUGCCCGGUCCAAGCCAAUCUGUCACCUCCGCCUCUGAAACUUUUAUAGCCAAAGGGAUGACCCUCAACGAAAUGGUGGUUCUUCUGGGCGCACACACAGUUGGAUUUGCUCAUUGCAACUUCUUCUCCAACCGGCUUUCGAAUUUUCAAGGCACAGGUCAACCCGAUCCCGCCAUGGAUCCUGUGUUGGUUACCAAGCUGAAAACAUUAUGCGCAGCUGGGAGUAAUCCAAAGGUGUUUCUGGAUCAAAACACUAGUAAUGUUUUCGAUAAUGAGUUCUACCGUCAGAUUCGUUUGAAGAGAGGGGUUCUGAAAAUUGAUCAGGAGCUUGCUUCGGAUGCUGCCUCCUCACGUUUAGUUUCCACUUUGGCUUCGAAUCCAGUCCAAUUCUCUCGGAGUUUCGGAAAUGCUAUGACCAAGAUGGGAAGAAUCGGAGCUCUUGUGGGAAAAGCUGGUGAGAUUAGGAAGAAUUGUGCAGCUUUUAACCCUCGUCCCAAGAUUUAUAUCAGUAGUAUUUUAGGCGAUGUCGAGAAAAUUACAGAGUAAGUUUUGAAGAAAUAUUACUACUACGUUGAUCUGUGUCUUCUCGAAGAUAUAUUUAGUAAGAGAAUCUCCUCCAGUAAGCUCCCAAAGGCGUGAUUCCUCUAAGAACUUAAGAUUGGUUUAGUAGUUUGUUUACUAUAUAUUUUAUGCAUAAUAAAGUGUGAUUGGAGCUAAAUUCUUAA